AUGAUAUGCACGAGUGGACACGCACGUAAUGCACUACACUGGAAUUUGAUAAAGGAAAUAAAAGAAAUCACACAUCUAAGCGAUGAAGAAAUUGCAAUUAUUCAUAAGCGAUUCAAUUCGAUCAGUAACAAGGGGAGAUUAAAUUAUGAGAAUUUUGAGAAAAGUUUAGGAAUUCUGGGAACCAUUAAAAAUGCAUAUCUUUACAGUUCUAUAUUUAAAGCAUUCGAUACAAAUGAAGAUGGGUAUUUAGAUUUUUAUGAAUUCUGUGUUGCAAUUAAUACUAUGCUGAAAGGAAGUAAAAGAGAAAAAGUGAAAUUAUCUUAUCGCAUAGUUCACGCAGGAAUAGUUGAAGAUUCUUGCAGUAAUGAUGCAGAGGAAUUUAAUAUAUUUCAAAAUAAUUCACCUAGAUAUCACAAAGAGAAUGAUCAUAAUUCUUACUUAGGAAUAAUCCCCACAAGAGGAGGAGCACGGGGAAGAGGAGGUCGUACAUCUAUGUACCCUUCCAUUGUUAAGAUAAACUCAAGUAAUAAACCAUUGAAGAAGACUACAAAUGAGAGUUCAUCUAAGAAUAUUAUUCCAUUUAAAAGUAAUAGCAAUAAUGAAUCGAGUAACCCUUCCCAUUUUAGGAAGACACAAAGAAAAGAUCUAUCAUCUGAUGUAAUUAGGGAUUAUUCAGAUUACAUAUCGUAUGAACAAUUUGAAAAAAUGGUUCUAAGUAUUAAUGACAUUAAAAAACAGCUACUUGGAACAGAGGAGAAGAUAAUGGUUAGUCAAAUAAAAUAUACGUUUAAAUCCUUGGGUAUUUUGUGUGAAGAUGGUAAGUAUAGAAUGAAUUUAAAAUGCUACAGGAAGGCCGUUAAAUGUAAUGAAUUUUUGAAACUCCUAGGAAUUCAUGAUAGAGUAGCUGAUGCGUUUGUUCAUGGGGAGAUUCAAAAGAAGAAGAAGAAAAAAAUAAAAUCUGUCAAAGAAUUCGAGACAAGGGAUCAUCAGGAAUGGAAGGAGGAGGAAGGAAAUGCACAAAGAAUAGCUAGUUCGAAUGACCAAUUGAAUCCAUCAUUACAUCUGGCCAACAAUUAUGACACCCAUUCAAGGGAUACCACAUCGGAGCAAUUCAUGAAAAAUAAAAAAAAAAUAAAAAAAACUUACCAUGCUGGAGGAGAAGGAGCAGUGACAGUAGAAGCUGGAGAAGGAGGAGUUGCCAAUCGAAGGAGACCAGCAUACAGAGGAGAUGAUCACCCAAGUGGUGAUGUCAACCAUGAAAGCAGCUGUGACAGAAGGGAGGUUGCAUAUAUCACUCGGAUCAACAAAGUUGGUGAUAAGAAAUGCACAGAACAAGUGAAUGAGAGGAUGAAAGACGUGAAGGAAAAUGGCAUGGAAAAAAUCUCCUCAUCGCUUCUAAUGUUAAACGGAAAUUGUAAAAGUUGUAUACCUCUAGAAAGUGUCUUAGUUCAAGAAGUGUGUGUAGUUAGAGACGAAAAAAAUACAAACAACAAGUUAUUUGAGUCUUCAUUAAGAAAAUUUCAUAAUGAAAGAAAUGGCAAAAUGCACCAUUUGGAUGUGUCGUCCCUAGGAGGGGUGAAACCGAAAAAAAGUUCUUCUUGUGAAAGUGCUGAAGGAAAUAUCUCUCAAUCAGAUGAAGAAAGAAUGAACAUAACAACGAGGAAGAAGUUAAAAAAAACGGAUGACAACUGUGAUGGUAAGAUGAAUGAUAAUUUUCAUAUAUCGAAAGGGGAGGAUUAUCAAAAAAAGGACUCAUCUGAGAAGAAAAAAAAAAAAAAAAAAAAAAAAGAAGAAAAAGAAGAAAAAAAAGAAGAAAAAAAAAAAGGGAUCAACAUAAACGGAAGUCUGAAUAGCAUAACUAAUUCGAGUGUGCAUCUAGGAAGAAACAAUUAUAAUGAGAAUAACAGUGCAUCUGAAGAUUGGUCCUCACCAUCCCAGAGCUUUCAAAUCAGUGCAAGGAGGAACAAUAUCUCGAUAGAAAAUAAGAACCGCUUAAAUGUCGAGAAAGAAGCUGAUAAUCCCAUUAAUUGUGCAACAUCGGACAGCAGCUCACUCACCUCAGAUUAUAACUCAUAUGUGGAAAUGGUAAAACUUGACAAAAUGAAUCAAGAAGAAAAGAAAACUUCAAAUGGAAUUACACAAACGGGAGGAAAAUGCAACAAAAGGAAUUCUCAAUCUAGUGAAGUUGUCAUUAACGGAAAGGUGGUAAUCCCCCAAAUUAGCAGGUCAUUCGAAAAUGCUAAUUCUAAUAAUUACAAAUGUAUAAUAACCCAUGCAGGAAAUUAUGAUUAUUUUGAAGAAAGCAAUUCAUUGAUAGAUGGAAUCAAUGAUGGAAAAAAAUGUAAUAAUAAAGAACAACACGAAAGUGAUAUUAUGAUAGCUAUAUCUGAAUUCGAAAAAAAAGAAGAAAAUAAAAAGUAUGUAGAAGAGUACAAUGAAUACAUGAAGCGUUAUAGAAAAUUCGCAGAAGAACAGGAAGAGUGUUAUCUUCUCGACCAGGAUACUUAUUCAGAUGGCAGAGAAGAACCUCAAAAAGAUUUUGAGGGAAUACAAAAUUCGCACACUAAUGAUAUGGGGAAUAGUAGUGCUUAUGAGGAUCCAUACGCAGACAAUGGUGCAUGCAUCCUUGGGAAUGAAGAUAUGGAUGGUGAUAAUGCACUCCAUUAUGCAGCAGGUGGGAGAAGGAAAUCGUGUGGGAAGAACACAUUCGGUAGAAGUAUCCGAUUGAGCCAUGUGAGGAAUCAGAGCCGAGACUCCGAUGUGAUGAAUCCCAAAGCAGGUGCAGCGACAAAGGUAGAUGCAGUGACAGAUGCAGUGGCAGAUGGAGUGGCAGAUGGAGUGGCAGAUGGAGUGGCAGAUGGAGUGGCAGAUGGAGUGGCAGAUGGAGUGGCAGAUGUGGCGCAAAAUGGGGAGGCGAACAAAGUGGAGAGCGCAAAAUACCUGUGCAGAAAAUUUCAAGAGUAUAAGGAAUUCAUAGAACAUUCCAGAUGCCCAAUCUCGCAUAACCACAAUGGACUUAUGCUGAGUAGCAAUGAUUCUCGAAUUCUCGACCAGACAAAUUGUGAGGAGAGGAAAGCUGCAAGUGGAAACAGCCAUUGUGUUGAAAAAGUGAAGGCUCAUAAAUGUUCUACAGGGAAUGUAGCGAAUGUAGCGAAUGCAAUCAAUGCUUCCAAGCUGAGCACGGUAAACGGAUUUAGUGACGACGUAAUUAACAAAAAGUUUUACAUUCCAACGAACAAGGACCAUUACGUUAUGGUUAAUAAGAAUUUGACAAAGGAACAGGUUCUGUAUCAUGUAAGAAAUAUCGUGCUAGCCAUUGAAGAGUUCCUCAAGAAGGAGAGGAGAAAUAGUAUUGGGGAUUAUAACAAAAUUUUCUUCUUUUUUUUCUACGUCUUCAGUUACCACAUGGGGGGGGGAGGUGAACAGAAUCAUCAUACGCAGGACCGGAUGCAGGCCCAGAUGCAGGACCGGAUGCAGGCCCAGAUGCAGGACCGGAUGCAGAACCAGAUGCAGAACCAGAUGCAGGCCCAGAUGCAGGCCCAGAUGCAGAACCAGAUGCAGGCCCAGAUGCAGGCCCAGAUGCAGGCCCAGAUGCAGAACCAGAUGCAGAACCAGAUGCAGAACCAGAUGCAGAACCAUAAUAAUGCGCGACAAUGCAGAGAUGAAAUGAACCCUGUGUUGACGGAGCACCACCCAUUGAGAGAUGAACCGAGUAACGAAUCUCAAAUGAGUAUAAAGAACCUGAAAUCGAAUAUUUUUGAAAACAUUUUGCUAAUGGCUCAGAUAGUUAAGUACUUUCUGCACACAAUCACGAUCUCACACAAAUGGUCCUCAUCCUAUGAAUCCAUCGAGGAAACGCAUCAAAUGAAUAAUAACCAGAAUUCACUGAGGCAAAAUGAUGUGAAUAUUCUUCUGAGUCACACUAGUAAUCUUCUGGAAAUAUAUUCCAAAGGGACAUGUAAAAAUAGAAAAAUUUACAUUAACAAAUCAAACUAUCACCAUAAACUUAAGAGAAAAGGGAAAUUAUCUGUUUCUUUACGUCAAAAGAAAAAAAAAAGAAAUUUUCAGAAAAUUUUAGCUGUUUAUUUCGGACAUGAACGAUGGGAUCUUGUAAUGAAUAUGAUGAUUGGGAUUCGUUUAUCAGCUAUAAAAAAAUACAACACUAAUAAUAUUGACAAUUAUUUUAAACACAAAGACAUUUUAGAAUUACCUACAUCUAAUGCAAAGCACAAAGUUGUUUUUAAGAAUUAUGCACCCAUUAUCUUUAAACAAAUUCGUAACUUUUAUGGAAUCAAAUCCAGAGAAUACAUAUCUUCUGUGGGUCCUGAACAAGUCAUAAGCAACAUGGUCUUGGGAAACCUCUCCACGCUCAGCGAGUUACUUUCGGAGGGGAAGAGUGGUUCUUUAUUUUACUUCACUAGCAAUGGAAAGUACAUAAUCAAGACGGUAUGCAAAAACAUACACAAUUUGUCCAAGGCCCUUCUUCCUAAGUAUUAUGAACAUGUGAAGAAGAACCCUGACUCUCUGUUAACACGACUGUAUGGAAUUCAUUGCAUAAAGUACAAAAGCGAAUCUGGAAGAGGCACGAAAAAAAUAUACUUCAUUGUAAUGAACAAUUUUUUCUCUUCGGCUGUGGAAAUACACAGAAGGUAUGACCUUAAAGGAAGUUUAGUAGGGCGAUCAGUUCCUCAAGAGAAGAGAGAAGACUACACAAUUGCAUUGAAAGAUGUAGACAUAGAUGAAUUGGGUGAUAAAAUAAAUGUAGGAUUAGAAAAUAAAGAAAAGUUACUGAAGGUUUUAAAAUCCGAUUCAGAUUUUUUAAGGGAAAACUACUUGCUCGAUUAUUCACUUCUUUUUGGAAUUCACUACAAAGAUUUAUCACGCGAUUUGGUUAAUUGGAACUCAAGUAGAACAAGUGAGGUUCGUCACAUUUUUGAUGAAGACGGAAAAUGUGUAGAAGCUAGACCGUUCCACCAAGGCGAUCACGGAGGCAUGCUAAGCAUUGACAGGAAUAAAAUUUUCUUUUUUGGGAUCAUUGAUAUUUUCACCAAGUGGACAUUAAAAAAAAAAUUCGAGCACACCUUAAGAACUAUACAAAAACUUGAUCGACAGAAUAUUUCUUGUAUCCAUCCCAAGGCUUAUGCAAAACGAUUCGCAACUUUUAUAGAGAACCACAUGGAGUAG